AUGGCUGUCGUAUUAAGCAUUUGUGCGUUAAUUUUUGUCUCGCAAAUAACACAACCAGGCAAAUGUUCGACCGCUGAGCAAGCUAUCUUUCGCAGAAAGGAGCAAACUUACUUAGCGAAUCAUAUCAUAAAAACAAAACAAGCAGAAAUCGAAUUAGAAUGUGGCAUGCAUUGCGUUGCAGAUGGAUCAUGUGCGUCAGUAAAUUAUAAAACGUUUGGAAUCGGUAAAGGUUUAUGUGAGCUCAACAGUAAAACACUACAAGAGGCAUCUGAUGCUGAUGGAAGUAAACAUAACCCUGAGUUCAUUAUUCGAUACUGCUGUAGUUAUAAGAGGUUGCUUACGUGUUAUAACAGUGUUAGCUUUUAG